GUGCUGGUAUUUGGCUUUCGAGUCUCUUGCGGUGCAGUAAGAGCAACAGCAGCAGCAGCGAGCAGCAAACAGAAAAACAACACCAGGCGAAAAACACGAAUAUACCGAGUCGAAAAACCGUUGUGAAAAGAAAACAAAAGAAACACACAAAACAGAAAAAAACCGAGACCAAACAAAACAAGCAAAGAAAAAUUGUACUCGGCACAGACUUUUAAUUAUUUUUUACCCCUACCCCCCCAACUUGUUAUCGUUGCUUCAAUAAUUCCAUUGAAGCUCCCAUUGCGCUCUUUUUUUUUGUUGUGUGACUUUUCUUUAAAUUGUCUACAAAAAAAGACAACACAAUUAGUGCAAAACUAAGACGCGUGUUGCGUUUGUUUUUUGUGUCGCGCACAUCAGCAACAGCAAAAAAAAUCUAAUUGGAAAAAUCGAAAAAAAAAAGAAAAGAAAACUGCCGAGGGGGGAAAAAUCGCGCGCGCACUGCAAGUGUGAAUUUUGAGUGAAAGUUACGCGUGCGUGUGCAUCACAGACACACACACAGUCUAAGCGCCACGCCCACGUGCGCCCACAAACAACAACAAAUCAUAGCAACACAAUGAACCGAUCAAACAGUUUUGUCAGCUCGUUGAAAUGGUGGCCACUGCAGGGCCACAACAAUCAAGCGACAGCCGCAACGCCAGCAGCGCCCUCUGGCGGCAACGUUUAUUCCCAAUCAGCGCCCAGCUCUCCCACAUCUAAUUGGCCGCCAUCGCUGCAGCAGCAUCAGCAUAAGCUUAACGUUGGCGGCGUCGGCGCUGCCGCCAAUGUAAGCGCAACGUUCGGCAGCAGCGUCGCCGUACAAAAGCUGCGCGAAUCGAAAUGGUUCAAGCCCGAAGAGCAGCGCAUUUUCUGCGCCGUCGUCGAAUGCGGCUUCAUUGUGGAGGUGCGCAGCAGUGCCGCUGCCGAAGCAGCUGCAGCAGCAGCGGCCGCCGCCGCAGCAGCCGCUGCGGCCAGCGAUGCCGAUUCCCUGGACAUCGAUUGUCCAGCACUGAUGACAUUGGCACCGCCGCCACUCAUAAUACCACGCAACGGCAGCAGCAGCAUUAGUUUCCUUGAGGCGCAGGAUGAGAACGAGACGCCGGUGGCGUCGUGGUAUGGCAUCGUUCUCUGCAAGGUGGCCAAAGAUAACAAACCAAAACCGGAUACCAUUGAGAUAUUUUCUGUGAAAAUACGCGAAAAUGGCACAUACAAGCUGAUCAAAAUGUCAUUGGCCGACAUCUGGAGCCAUGGCUGGGAGUUGCGCAUCAAUAAUUUCGCAGACAAGGAGAAGAUGCCACACAACGAGAAGGACAUACGCAAUCAGGUGUCACUGGCACGCAAAGCCAGACAAAGUCUGUGGAAUAAUAACAAGCAUUUUGUGUAUUGGUGCCGUUAUGGAAGUCGCCAGCAGGAUGUGCGCAAGCGACAGAUGUCCGAGUGCGUGAAAUGGGGCAGCGUUGGCAUGAAUGCGGGCAUGUUGCUGGUGCUCAAUAAUAGGCAAAAAAGCUACUCCCACUCAAAGUAACUAACACACCACACACACACACACACAUAGACACAAAUAUACUCUCUUUUUAUUGUUGCGAUCACACACACACAUACAUACAUUCAGCUGCUAAUUCUUCUGCUUUGUCAACAAAGCAAAUUGUGAUAAAACAGCAAACACACACACACAUAUAUAUACAUAUAUUUAUUUAUUAGAAACAGCUCAAGAAAGAGCGAGACAGCAAGAGAGCAGGCUCCAAAUUUGUUAUUUCAAAAGCAAAAAAAAAGAAAAA